CGCAGGUCCAUUCGGGAAUUACUGCCCAGCAGCCGACUAAGUUGCAUUCCUUGAAUCUUCGCAGAAAAGACAAUUCUUUUAAUCAGAGUUAGUAAUGUGGACAGUACAAAAUCGAGAGAGUCUGGGGCUUCUCUCUUUCCCUGUGAUGAUUACCAUGGUCUGUUGUGCACACAGCACCAAUGAACCCAGCAACAUGUCAUACGUGAAAGAGACAGUGGACAGAUUGCUCAAAGGAUAUGACAUUCGCUUGCGGCCGGACUUCGGAGGGCCCCCCGUCGACGUUGGGAUGCGGAUCGAUGUCGCCAGCAUAGACAUGGUCUCCGAAGUGAAUAUGGAUUAUACACUCACCAUGUAUUUCCAGCAGUCUUGGAAAGACAAAAGGCUUUCUUAUUCUGGAAUCCCACUAAACCUCACCCUAGACAAUAGGGUAGCUGACCAACUCUGGGUACCAGACACCUACUUUCUGAAUGACAAGAAAUCAUUUGUGCAUGGGGUCACAGUGAAAAAUCGAAUGAUUCGACUGCAUCCUGAUGGAACAGUUCUCUAUGGACUCCGAAUCACAACCACAGCUGCAUGUAUGAUGGAUCUUCGAAGAUAUCCACUGGAUGAGCAGAACUGCACCCUGGAGAUCGAAAGUUAUGGCUAUACCACUGAUGACAUUGAAUUUUACUGGAAUGGAGGAGAAGGGGCAGUCACUGGUGUUAAUAAAAUUGAACUUCCUCAAUUUUCAAUUGUUGACUACAAGAUGGUGUCUAAGAAGGUGGAGUUCACAACAGGAGCGUAUCCACGACUGUCACUAAGUUUUCGUCUAAAGAGAAACAUUGGUUACUUCAUUUUGCAAACCUACAUGCCUUCUACACUGAUUACAAUUCUGUCCUGGGUGUCUUUUUGGAUCAACUAUGAUGCAUCUGCAGCCAGAGUCGCACUAGGAAUCACGACAGUGCUUACAAUGACAACCAUCAGCACCCACCUCAGGGAGACCCUGCCAAAGAUCCCUUAUGUCAAAGCGAUUGAUAUUUAUCUGAUGGGUUGCUUUGUGUUUGUGUUCCUGGCUCUGCUGGAGUAUGCCUUUGUAAAUUACAUCUUCUUUGGGAAAGGCCCUCAGAAAAAGGGAGCUAGCAAACAAGACCAGAGUGCCAAUGAGAAGAAUAAACUGGAGAUGAAUAAAGUCCAGGUCGACGCCCACGGUAACAUUCUCCUCAGCACCCUGGAAAUCCGGAAUGAGACGAGUGGCUCGGAAGUACUCACGAGCGUGAGCGACCCCAAGGCCACCAUGUACUCCUAUGACAGCGCCAGCAUCCAGUACCGCAAGCCCCUGAGCAGCCGCGAGGCCUACGGGCGCGCCCUGGACCGGCACGGGGUACCCAGCAAGGGGCGCAUCCGCAGGCGUGCCUCCCAGCUCAAAGUCAAGAUCCCCGACUUGACUGAUGUGAAUUCCAUAGACAAGUGGUCCCGAAUGUUUUUCCCCAUCACCUUUUCUCUUUUUAAUGUCGUCUAUUGGCUUUACUAUGUACACUGAGGUCUGUUCUAAUGGUUCCAUUUAGACUACUUUCCUCUUCUGUUGUUUUUUAACCUUACAGGUCCCCAACAGUGAUACUGCUGUUUCUCGAGGUAAGAGAUUCAGCCAUCCAAUUGGUUUUAGGUCUUGCAUAUCAGUUUUAUUACUGCACCAUGUUAACUUCAAAAAGACAAAACAAAAAAAAAUUAUUUUUUCCAGUCUACCGUUGUCCAGGUUAUCAGCUCUUUACGAGCUCUAUUAAUUGCCAUGUUUACAAACAAACACAAAGAGAGAAGUUAGACAGGUAGAUCUUUAGCAGUCUUUUCUAGUUUCCCUGGAUUUCACUGAUUUAUUUUUUAGGGAAAAUGAAAAGAGGACCUUGCUGUCCGCCUGCACUGCUUCCUGGUAAACUGUAACAAUCUUAUGCUGCCAAAAA